AUGUUGCCGCCCGAUGUAACCCCAGACGCGAUCCGGCAGGAGCCCAACAUCUCUCGCGUGGAAACGGAGCUUAACAGUUGUGCAUUCAGCUUCGCAUUGCUCGGGCGGAUCGACGUCGCCAAACAGCUCGCCGAGAUCCUGUACGAACACGGCGCCACGCAAGGACGCCGGGCCCUCCACAGCUGCCUCAAGUUCGCGUGGCGCGAGUCCAGUCAAUGGCCGAAAGGUGGGCCUUUGGACAACUAUGGAGUCUCCUCGGAUGAGGCGGAUCCAGCGGACAGAGAUGAGAGUUCGGUUGAUGUUGUAGAGGGUGAUGACGGCGACGAUCGCGCGAGGCUGGAUGAGCUCCUCGGUGUCGAGGACAAUGGCUUCUCCGACGCAGUGACCGGGUAUACCGCCAUGGAGAAGAGCCGCAGACUGGUGGACGCGCUUGAGUUAUCAGUAAAGCUACAUCGCGUUGAACCUCAACCAAAGUCCGCGGGUAGAGAGCUUAGAUCCAAGCGGGCAAAAGCGGCAGAGGGCCAGGCCACGCCGCAGACGGAGCCAGAAACACAAUUCAAAGUGUCGGAUCUCGACGCAGAAAGCGCGGACAUUUUGACGAGAAUUGUGGUACGGCUUCACGCCAAUUCGCAGGUCAGCUACCUCGGCGACACGAAAAGUUUGUGGCCAUUCUAUGUUCGGGGAUUGCUGGCGGACGCUGUCGAUGUCAGCCAAGAGGAAAUGGAGGAGAAGGGCCGGGGCCUGAUAGAGGCCUUUAAGGACCGCUUCCAACAUGGUUCCGCGGUGUCUCGUUUUGCGGGCAAGACGGUUGAAGAGCUCUUGGAGAUCGGCGACGAAACGACGAGAGAAACCCUUCAUGCCCUGAACGAGAAGGAGGAUGACGACGAGCAUAAGCAGACUGUUCCUGAGUCAUUGUUCAACGCCCCCGCCACGGACGAGGAGAUUGCACAGCUGGAAAAGAAGCUAGGCAUCGCUCUGCCCGACGACUUCAAGGCCUUUUUGAAAAUCAGCAACGGCUUCGGACAAGACGAGGAAAACGGCAUGGCCAACGAUGAGUGUCCCCACCCAGCUUUGCACGGCACUUCAGCGGUGCACUGGGUGGAGGAGAACUACUUCGUAGCACCUGUAGCGCUACUCCAGCUCCCGACUGAAUACGAGGAACUCGUCGGCACGGAGAAGAAGAGCAGCCAAGUGCUUGAAGGCAUAGAGUUCGACACGGCCUUUCCGUUAUUCGAUCGUGUGCUCGAGGUCGGCACCCGAGACAUUGACAGCUUGUGGCUAGUGCAACCCGACUUGGUCAAGCAGUGCGUCGCGCAGUACGGCAAGAUGUACGACAAGGCGGACGAGAAGCAGAAGAAGAUCAUCGUGCGGGCGAUGGAGUCUUUUGCUGGCAGUAAAGAAGCUUUUGAGAGCUCGGAUUGGUGCUUUGUGGAUUCGUCGGCUGGCGGGGCGGCGUCGAUGAGUUUCUAUGCCAGUUUCACGCAUUACUUGAGGCACGUUGUCGAAGAGCUGGUGAAGACUGGAUAG